AUAACACAAAACAGCAAAAACAUGGCCUCAAUUAUUGGAAUUGUGCUAGUCAUGACAAUGCUAUCAGGAGGAGCAUUGGCUCAGUCAGGGUGCACUUCUGCACUGGUAGGCUUAGCGCCGUGCCUGAACUAUAUAUCAGGAAGCUCUUCUGCACCGUCUGCGUCGUGCUGCUCACAGCUGUCUAGUGUGGUUGGGUCACAGCCUGAAUGCCUUUGCCAAGUGCUGAAUGGUGGUGGUUCUAACUUUGGAGUCACUAUUAAUCAGACCCAAGCUUUAGCCCUCCCUGCUGCAUGUAAGGUUCAAACACCACCUGCUAGCCGGUGCAAUGCUGUAAACCAGCCAUCAGGAAGUCCUGCAGAAUCCCCUGUUGGUUCCCCAAUUAACUCUCCUGAUGCUGAUGCUUCAACACCUGAAGGUUCAUUUACUCCUUAUUCACCAACAUCCCCCACUAUUUCAACCAUACCUUCAACUGGAAGUGGGUCUAAAUCAACUACUCAGAGUGGGAGCACAUCCAAUGGAAACAUAACCAAAUUUUCACAUCGUUUUACUCUUUUUCUUCUAAUAAUCAGUUCAUGUGCUUCUGCUAUUAUUGUUUGAAAUUAGAAUUAUUUUCCUUAG